AUGACAAGCACUCAAGUCUUUACGGAUGCAUCAAAGCAGACAAGUUCGACUGUCGGUCAUCUUCGUACUCUCAAGCCUGCAGUAUCUCAUGACGACACAACUAAUGAAGAAGAGCGCAAUGUCGCAAUUGUUGUACCUCCGAGCAUCGUGCCAAGGGGAGCAAGCGAAGAAUUUAACACCGUCACCACCUACAACAACAAUGGCCUAUUGCAACGCGCAAUUGGUAGCUUUGUUCAAAAAGACAGAGAGCAGUAG